AUGGUCUCAGACUCCAAACAAGAUGUCGAAGCGCAUUCCGUGCAAGAUGACGACAAGAUCAAAGCCGCCGUCGCCAAAGGAGAUGGCGACGAGGCACUCAAGUUCCUCGCCGCCGAGGCCACGAAUGCUGGCGAACUCUCCGAUGUUAUUGACGAAAAAGCGCUGGUGCGAAAGAUCGAUUGGAUGAUCAUUCCACUCAUGUGGUGCUGCUACUGCCUGCAGUACCUGGACAAGACGUUGAUCAAUUACGCCGCCGUCAUGGGUCUCUACGAGGACGCAGCCAUCAACACGGACCAGUUUUCGACGCUAGCCUGGAUCUUCUACGCCUCGUACCUAGCAUUCGAGUUCCCGCACGGCUACGCCAUGCAGCGGCUGCCGACGGCCAAGUAUCUGGGCGCCAUGGUCACGCUGUGGGGCGUGGCAGUGGCGGCGACGGCGGCGUGCAAGACGUACGGCACACUGGUGGCCACGCGCGUGCUGCUCGGCGUCUUCGAGAGCGCCGUGGCACCGGCGCUGAUCCUGGUGACGGGCAUGUGGUACAAGAAGCGCGACGAGCAGCCGUGGCGGGUCGGGCUGUGGUACCUGGGCACCGGCGUGGGCACCGUCAUCGGCGCGCUGGUGUCCUUCGGCUUCCAGCACUACUCGUCGCCGACCUUCAACAGCUGGCAGAUCAUGUUCCUGGUCGUCGGGCUGGUCACGGUGGCGGUUGGCGUGCUCGUCGUGCUGCUGCUGCCCGACAAUCCCAUGACCUGCGCGCGCCUGACGCACGCCGAAAAGCUGUGGGCCGUCGAGCGGCUGCGCGUCAACCAGACGGGCAUCGAGAACGUGCGCUUCAAGCCGGCCCAGGCGCGCGAGUGCUUUGCUGAUCCGCAGACCUGGAUGAUCGCCCUCGCCACUGUCGCUAGCAACAUACCUAACGCCGCCACUAGCAGCUUCCAGGCCACCAUCAUCAAGGGCUUCGGCUAUGAUAGCAAGACGACCGCUCUGUUGAGUAUCCCCGCUGGUGCCGUCAUCAUCGUUUCAAUUUUAUUGGCCACAUAUACCGCAAACCGCUUCAACCAAAGGAGCCCGCCGGCCAUCGUAACGCAGAUAACUGGUGUGUUGGGUGGAUGUUUGAUUGCCUUUCUGCCUGCCGAUAACAAGGUCGGUAGGCUAAUCGGUAUUUACAUCAUGAACGGCAUCGUGGCCGGCUUGCCGCUCAUGUACGCCUAUGUAUCGGCCAACGUCGCCGGCCAUACCAAGAAGGUCACCAUGAAUGCCGUGCUGUUGAUCAGUUUCUGCCUCGGAAACAUUAUCGGGCCUCUGACCUUCCGCGACGGGGACAAACCCGAGUACAUGCCGGCCAAGAUCGCAAUCAUUGUGGCUGAUGUGUUUUCAAUCAUCGUAGUCGUCAUCCUGCGGUUUUAUUAUAUCUGGGAGAAUAGAAGGCGGGAUCGUUUGGCUAUCAGCCACCGGGAAAAUGUCGAAUUCCUAGAUCUAACGGAUAAAGAAAAUCUCGAGUUCAGAUACAGCCUGUAA